AUAACGGAAGCAGCUGUCAAAAACGAAAAAGGGACGCCUGUCCGCAAUUGACGACAAUUUUACCGCAUAGCGAAUAAAACCCCGCAGUCUGCCUGGGAUAUAAAUCUAUGGUGUAAAUCCUAUCCAAAGACGGACAACAAACGCUUUAAGAAUGGUUCUCGUACCUGCGGCGCGCGGAAUAGUGCAGGCUCUGAUGCGCUCAAACACCUUCGAGGAAAUUGCCCAGAUUAUGGAGUGCGAUGUGGAAAGUGUGGUCAGCUGCAUCAAGGAGUGCCAACUGGUCGAGGGCAACACGGCCGCAUUUAAGCUACCGACAAAGCCUGCGGCAGUGCGGCGUCCGCACAAAAUGGGUGCUAAUGUGGUGGAGCAGAUUCUGAGAGAUCAUCCGUCAUACACUUCGCUGGAUGUGCAGAGGGAGCUGGUGUCCCAGCACGGCAUCGAGAUGAAUCGUCGCACCCUGCAGCGUCGCGUCAGUGAUAUCAAGUCAAAACAUGUCCCGGCGAAGAACGUCGGGACUGAGUGUGCGCCAAAAAAACGGCGCGUGGCCUGGGCCAGCGCACACCAGGACUGGACAGUGCGCGACUGGCGCAAUAUCUUCAACAUGGACGAGCUUAAGUUUGUAGAUGGCACGCCGCCAAAGCAGAUUUUCGAGGAUACCCUGGUGGGUCCACAGGGGACCAAUUGCAGUGACCUGAGCCUCCUCGAACAGCUCAUGGCCAUUAUACAGCCGAAGAUCCAGGCGCUGGCUCCGAAAAAUGUCCACGAAUUCCGCGCCGUACUCUACGACGCAUGGCACAGCGACCAGGAGAUGGUGGAAAAGAUCGAGAAACUGUACGAGUCGAUGCCGGGGCGUGUGAAGGCGGUUCUACUCAGCGGCGGCGACGACUUAACCAAGUUCUGACCUCCACACUAUUGUAUAUAUGUAUCUUAAUUCUGUUCUAAAGAGUGAUGUAAUAAUAAUAAAAAAAUCUGUUAAAAUUCAAUUCGAAAUGCAGCCCUGUCUGAGCUGUGUUGCGACCCUGUCCAAGCAGGGCUGCCGACAAC